CAUCAUCGUUGCUUACGUGACCAUUGACGCCAUCAAAAAUUGAGAUAUUGCCGCCGCCGUUGAUUAUGAAGAUCGCACGCACCUGAGAUCAUUGUUAUUGGUUGUUGCUGCGAGAAGGGGAAGAUUGGGAGAUGAUUGUUGAGCCGGUGAUUGCUGAUUUCUGGAUCCGUGACAGGCUGGUGGUCGGAGACUGAGUUCGAGAUGUUGCCGAUUGAGCUUCUAAUUUUCGAAGACAAAGGGAAUCUACUUCAUUGCUGGGGAAUCCUUGCUGCGAUUAAUCUCAAAUGAGUUUUAUAUUAAACUCAAAUGAGUAUACGGUUAAAAGGAAUGAAAAUACACAAAAGCAGAAGGACCAGGCCAAGGUGACAGCUUUAGGAGCUCAGGUUUGGCGAUUACCAAAGCCUGGAUGGUGUAAAAUGAAUGUGGAUGCAGCGAGGGACCAUACGGGCAGCUGGUUCGGGUGGGCUGUUCACAACAGCAGCGGGGAUUUUGUUGGGGGAGGCAUUAAAAGUGGGCGGGGCAGCUGCUCUUCUCUUGAAGCUGAUUUGCUAAGCAUUCGGGAGGCCUUGAGUUGGAUUAAAGACCAGGGCUGGGACUUCGUGGAGGUGGAAUCUGAUGCGUUG